AUGGCUCAUAAGGCGAGGGGAUGUGCUGGGAUCGUCCUUCUUGUGUUGGACGACUUUCUGCAAGGACAUGCUCAGCUGAUGGAUGGCAUUGAGGAGGAGCUCGCCCCGAUCAAGUUUUCCACCUCGGGUUCGGAGGCCUUGGCAACGGACGAUGGGCUUGCCGAGCUGGGGUGGAUCCGGGCGAGUUUCACAGAGGCGAUCCUCAUCGCCGACGUUCGGGCACUUUACGGCUUGUUCCAUCGUCGCGGCGGACUGUGCCGAGAGGCGCGAAUCGACGUGGCCGUGCUUGCCGUGUUGGCGAAGCGCCUGGAGCUGACGUCGAUAUUGGUCAUGACCUUGGCAAAGUCUGCCGCUCCUCCUAACUUGGAGUCGUUGAUCGGAUGCUGUGGAGGCGACAGCAGUCCCAGCAGCCCCGGCCCCAGGUCCCGUGGCCGCCUCAGCGCCCGGCUGAGCCAUCAGUUCUGCUGUGCCGAGGAACGAUUCGCGCUGGGACAACUUGCCGAAGGUUUCGAUGCAUUCCGACAGGUUUUUCUCAAGAGCAAAACCGCGUUCGAGGUCCUGAUGGUCGCCGAAAAACCUUCCGUAGCUAAACUGAUUGCGGAGAUCUUGUCUGGGGGCCGCAUGCGCUUUCGCAAAGGCCAGCAGUGGUUCCACGUGGUUCUGUACCUUGGACUUGGCUCCAGCCGCCGAGGCCAAAGCCGAGCCGUGCAAAUCUACGAGUUCAACAGCUGGUUUCCGCCAGCACAUCAACAGUGUCGGAUCAUGCAGACCUCCACCAUCGGCCACGUAUUUGGAUUGGACUUCAAGGAAAAUCGCCCAAAAGAUAUUGCGGAACUGUUUCAUGAUCCGUGCAAGAAGACCAUCGAAGAUGGCACGGCUAAGAACAGGAUCGUCGAGCACUUCCAGGAGCUGGCGGCAGAAGCCGACUACUUAGCGCUCUGGCUGGACUGCGACAAGGAGGGAGAGAACAUCUGCUUCGAGGUCAUCUCUCUGUGUGCCGGCCACAGACCGCACGGAGACCCGAAGGCCCAGUUCUCCGCCUUAACUGAGCCGGAGCUGCGAGGCGCCUACAACAACUUGGGCCGGCCGGACAAGCUGGCGGCCCAAGCCGUGGAUGCCUCAGCUCCAGACAGGCCAAGUGGAUGCUCGGCAGGACGGGCUGGUUCGCAUGUUGUGAAGUGCGGAACGGGAAGUGCAGAGCGGCAGGAGCUAGACCUGAAGAUCGGCUGCAUCUUCACGCGGCUCAUGACUCGCCAGUAUUUGCGCUACGCAGUAGAGAAGUCCCUUUCCAAAGCUGAGGGGCUGAGGGCAAAAAGCCCUGAGAAUUCUGCUUUGGAUGAGUCGAGAGUCGAGGUUCCGCCUGCGAGAUCAGACUUGCUUGAGCUACGGGCCUUGCCAGACACCCACACUUUGGUUUUGCUGGGCGCUCAAGGAAGGUCGGGCGAGGUUCCGGCACAAGAUUACAUGCUGAUCCCAAAGAGGCAAGAGUUCUACAAGCCCAAGAUUUCUGUGAACUUGGACGGCUGGCCUUUGGAGUUCGACUGGCUCCAUGGCCAGACCUUUGAUGCAGGUCGCGUGAAAUCCUUGCAGUCGGCUCAGUCGGCGAAGCACGCGGUCGUCAAGGAGCUCAGGACGACUGCCAAGACCCUGAAGAAGCCGGUUGGCCUGAACACCGUGCAGCUACUGAAAGCUGCGAGUACUGGUCUCGGAAUGUCACCGGUGCAGUGUAUGAAGGUGGCUGAGCAUCUCUACACCUCCGGCUACAUCUCUUAUCCCCGCACCGAGACCACCAGGUACUCGGACACAUUCGACCUUCACGCAGCCUUGCGAGAGCAAGCAGACCAUCCGGCCUGGGGAAAGACGGUGAGCCACUUGCUGCGCCAAGGGCAGAUCCGGAACCCGAAGACUGGCCGCGAUGUGGGGGACCACCCACCCAUUACUCCUAUGAAGGCCGCGCCCCGGGACGAGUUCAGCAAAGGAUCUGAGUGGCGACUCUACGACUUCAUCACCAGGCACUUCAUCGCCUCACUGAUGCCGGAUGUGGAGUAUGACGAGAAGGCCCUGAUCGUGAACAUGGGUGGCGAAGAUUUUGCUUACACAUUCCACGAGAUGCGGGAGAGGGGCUUCCUCUUCGCCAUGCCUUGGAAGAGCAAAGAGCUAAAUCUCAACGAGAUCGACUGGGCCAUGCCUCGGCUGGCACCAGGGAGCCCUCUCCGUGUGGAGGAGGUUUGGGUCGAGAGCGAUUUCACAAAGCCCCCAGACUACUUGAAGGAGAGUGAGCUGGUGGCUCUGAUGGACAAGCACGGCAUUGGCACGGAUGCCAGCAUCCCGCAGCACGUGGAGAACAUCUGCAACCGGAACUAUGUGAUGGUCUGCGGACCUGGAGAAGACGGCCAGCGUGGCGAGAGAAUACCAAAGGGAGGCAAGAAAGGCAAGGGGAAGGGCAAAGGCAAAGACGGAAAGGCUCAAGGCGGCGAGAAGCCGCAGUCGCGGCACAUGGUUCCGACACCACUGGGACUCAGCUUCUGCGCAGCUUUCGAGGAGCUGGAUGCAGAGUUGUGCCGGCCGCCCAUCCGAGCCUACAUGGUGUCGGAGCUGCAAAUUUGA